GAAGGAUUGGAAGGAACUUUAUAUAUCGAAAAAGAUCGCUUUAAACUUUUAUGAAUUUUUUUCAGUUUGUGGAUUGGUGCAUCGAAACGAUGUACCACAGUUAAAUAAUGUACGCGAGUGUCGCGUCAGCAGCCAGUAUAUCCAGUCAAAAUUUGAGCAAAUUUGGUAGUGCAUCUUCUUAUGGUAGUGCUGUGAAACAUAUUGAACAGAAAGAUACAAAGAUGAUGAAGACCGCCACGACACCACCAACGUCGCCAAACAGGUUGAAACUUAAGGAGAAACUGGUUGGAAUAUAUGAUACUUUACUACAGGGAAAGGAUCCAGGCAUUGAGAAUCACAAUUUUUGGCAUGAAUUUUUCUUGCUGAAGGUGAAUGCUGAAUAUUUAGAGGCUCUGAUUGAGAGAAUGUCACCCAGUGAGUUGAUGGGUGUAAAGGGUAAUAUCAACCUUUUGUUUGCUCAAUGUUGUUCAGCAUUACAAGAUGACUAUCCACUAAAGCAAGUCAAUGCACUACAGACUUUAUGUGCAAUGGUUCGUGGUGUGUAUCAUAAGAAAAUGAUGGACUAUGGUUUUGAUAUCAUAAAUAUUCUUGUUGGCUUUGAUGAAGCUGAGUCCCAGAUGCAGGCCUUGGUUGAAAACCUCAACACGAUACUGGUGGGUGAAUUUCCAGUGAGUCUGAAAAACCUCUCCUUAAAGCUCCUGCUAAUAUUACUAACGGCCACAGAUAACGUCAGUCAGAACACUAUUGUUGAAUACCUCAUGAUAAACAGCGUGUUUGAAUCGAUUGUAAAGAUACUUGCAAGUCCCGUGGGACGACAACAGCAUGGAUACGAGGCGAUUAUGCUUCUAACGCUUCUCGUGAACUACAGGAAAUACGAGGCUUCAAAUCCUUAUAUCGUAAAGCUGUCGAUUUUGGAUGACGACGUUGCAUUAAAUGGUCUGGGUUGUGUCAUUUCAGACGUUCUGACUGAAUUCAACAGAAAAUACAGAGUGAAAUCUGAGGAACCUAGUGGUGGAAUCUUAUCCAGCAUUACUUCAAUGGUUGGCAGCAUGUUUGUAUCUGAAGAAAGCAGAAUUCUUGAUAUAGGGAUCAAUAGUAUGGUCUUACUCGCUCUAUACGAAGCCGUUCAUCUUAAUCGGCAUUUUUUUACCGUUCUUAGUCAUGUGACGACCCCAAAUACCCACUCUGCAACCCCUCCUUUAUCCCCGAGUUCACCAAUACCCGUUGUGGACAGACCAACACACGUUCAUGUCCACGACGAAUCACUUGGUCAGGAAACCUCAAAUCUUCUUGUCACGUUUCUCACAUAUUCUUCUAUUGUUCUUGUAAAUAUAAAAGGGGACAAUGGUGCUAGCCACGCGAAGCUAUGCUUUAUCAUUCUGACGUGUAUCGCUGAGGAUCAAUACGCGAACGCCUUUCUUCACGAUACCAACAUAACAUUCUCUGUUCCGUUAUACAAAGUGCAUAUGCAUCACAGAAGUGGAUAUGCCGAUACAGCAAGUCCCUCGAGACCCUUGGCUUGUGCUUUAUUAGAUUUGAUGGUGGAAUUCGUGGUUGGACACAUGACCAAGAAUUUACAAACUGACCUCUACAGCAAAGCAUUUGGGAUAAUUCAGCGAACGCUUUGCUACCAAAAAAGAUGUCGCGUGAGGCUGUCAUAUUCCUGGAACAAUCUAUGGACGGCGCUGAUGAAUUUCUUGAAAUUUAUUUUAACUAACGAGACAGUCUUGCUCCCAAGAGUUAAUAUAUUUCACCUCGCUGGCAAGGUUGUGAGUGUAUUUAAUCUGUUCAUUACCUACGGGGAUACUUUCCUACCAAGUCCGACAUGUUAUGAUGAACUGUACUACGAAAUAAUCAGAGUUCAUCAAAUCUUUGAUAAUCUUUAUUCAAUGGCCCUCCGUUAUUCAUCGUCUACUAAUGGUAACGAAAACAAACAUAGCAAACACUCCGCGAAUACUCUCGCUGGAAGCUUAGUAAACAUAAGGGCAAUUAUCAAUCAUUUUUCACCAAAGAUUGAUUCCUGGGCUGCUGUAAAUCACCUGUCCUCCAUGACCUCUGAACAGGUAUUGGAUGUUAUUCGUGGAAAUUACGACACAUUAACUCUCAAGCUUCAAGACAACCUGGAUAAUUACGAGAAAUAUGUUGAGAAACCCAAAGAAUCAUCGUUCUUCACCCAGUUGGUCCGGGGUAUAACCGCUGAUGUAAGGGAAAGUAUCGCAGUCACAAACCUCGAACAAUUUUCGUUGCUACAAGAAUUCUCUUCGAUACGUUAGCGAUGCUGACCGUAAUAAUGCGACUAAGCGAGAAUGACGUAGGGAUAGUGUAUUGCGGGCUCAGGACGCAGGUUCGAAGACCCUUCCUAGUUGCUGACGUCACCAGUUUGAAUCCGCAGCUGAUGACUGGCCGGUGAACUCUAUUUAGACUGGAACGAUAAAUGAGUGUUAUUUCCCCUUAUCCUUUGAAGCCAAAGUGACGAUCAGUGCCAGUUGCCUUUUGGUUUUUAUUGGCGCGAUCUUCAACAUCGAUUGGCAGUCUGGCACUGGUCGUUCAAUUCGGUUUCAAAAAUUUUCGCCUGAUUACCGUUCCAGUUUAUGUAGAUUUCACCGAGGGUUACACACUGAGCUAUAUAUCUCAGUGAUAAUAUCUUCGCUCAGGAAUUAUUAAUAUAUAGCUCAGUGGACUGGCACAAAAUGUUUAACAAUUCAAAAUGGCGACUGGCGAGAUUUGUUUAGAUUUUUAAAAUUACAAGUUUUACGAUUUGUUGAUGAACAAAAACGCUUGAUACUUUCAUAAAAAAGUAAUGUCAUGAUUUGCGAAUAAUGCAAUCUUAGGAAGAAAGCGGCUAGUUCAGAAAGCUGUGGGGUAAACAUAAGAGUUACGCUUUCUUGCGUCCUGUGGGAACUAAAAUAAGCCUGGUUUUCGUAUACGUCAAUUAUUUAAUCUAUAGUCAUUGUCGGCGGUCAUUAGUGUAUAAAAUGAUUGUCAGUAGGAAAGCAUUUUCCACUCGAGAAUUCCCGGUGCGAAGCGAUUGUUUGCUUCCGUCCUUCGUCUCUCCUUUGAAAUCAUGUGGAACUAAUUGGAUAUUUACGAAAGCUGCGCUGUCAAACUUCACCGCGGAUUAGACUGUCACGAGACCAUAUCUUUUGGUUUGAAAUUGCAAAAAAUCCUCAAGAUUAUACCUUACGUUAAAACGAAAAUUCGCCGUAAUAAAAGAUGGCUGCAUAUCGAUCUUAAAACAGUUUUUUUUUGCGAAUUAAAAUCAGCUAUGAAAACAAUAUUUUAAAUGUUUUUAUGCGUCGUCAAUUUAGUGAUGGCGGAUUUCUUUGAUGACUUCGUCAUCCACGUCAUCCAUUUUUGUCAACAUUCAACAAAAGAAAAUUCUCUCCAAGCAGAAAGACAGUGCCACAGCGACCUAUGUUGAAAUCAAUGUUGACACAACAUUGCUCUUUUGCUAUGAGAAAAAUUCGUAUUUCAAGCCAUAGGAAGCCCGAAUUUGCACAAUAAUUUGAACCAGAGAAGUUAUUUUCCGGCAAUUUCUCAGUUAACUGAAUAUUUUAUUUCUUCACAAACAACAAAAUUACGUCAAACGGUGGUUAAUCCAGACACAAUUGAUGUGAGUAAAGUGCAUGUAAAUCAUUUUAUUGCUACCGUAACCAACUUACGUUUGCAAAGAAUCCUUUUUUUAUCGACGUGCAGUUAUUUUUUUAUGAUGGCGAAUUGAGAAGGGACUACAGUCAGUUGAGACACAUCAAUCCUGUUUACGUGUCCACAAACGUCAUUAUGGCCUGUUUCAGACGUCGAACCUUUCAUGCGCCGAACCUAAUUUAAAUGAGCUAAAGUGUUUGUUUAAGUUCAUUUGCAUUCGAUUCGGCACAUGAAAAGUUCGACAUCUAACAUCAAAAUGAAACCAAUCAUUUCUAUAACGAAUUUAUUUCAUUUGAACCGACAAUUAGGUUCAACACAAACGAGCCAGCCCGAUUUACUGCAAGUUUUCAAACAGUAAGAUCUACAAUAAUUCCGCCGGUUCAUCAAUGCGGUAGUCAUAUUUCUAAACAGAUGGUUGCCUGUGAGGUCAAAAAAAUUCUAAAAUUGAAAUGAAUUAGCCUUUCUCGCGAUGACGUUUUUGGGCACUUUCAAUUUUCGUAUUUUCGUAAAUGGGUUUAAAAAAUUAUAACAACAUAAAAAGCAAUUUUUUUAGAAUCAAUAGACCAUUUGAAGAAUAAAUUCAGCCUAAAAUUAAAGACACUCGUCGUUACGUGGCCUUACGCUCACGGUUUUGAAAAAAAAAGUAUCCCAAAAAUGGCAGCAUAUUCGUCAUCGUGAGAAAGGCCAAUUCGAUUCGGUCUGGUGGCCACUAUCUAUACUCAUCCAUCAAAACUGGUUUCCAGUCAUGCGUUUCUCGUACGAAGGUUUCUUAAUCAGAACCAGUUGUUCGAAAAGCGUUUAGCUUCGGGGCGAUUAAGUUCAAAAUGGAAAACAAAAAUUUUAUGCAUAGUUGCAAUCAAAAUUAUGCACAGUAUCCAGUGUAGUAUGUGAUCAGUGUUUUAUCUAGGUUUAAAAGGACGCAUGACUGGAAAUUUAGUGCGACCUCGAUCGUUAGUUGAAAUGGAUAAGUCCGAAUUUAUAUAAUCUAUUAUAACUCAGUGUAUUAGAGACACCAGGCCCAUAGACGCGAUACCAGCCACGAGGCAUACCACUUGCUUCAUAGAUUCCCUGAAAUAUGAAAACAUGCAAUUAUUUUGAGCCCAGGUUAUGUCAAAGACUACAGUUCUCAAGAUUGAGCCGUGAGCCCUUUCUACACUUUCCAUCGAUCUUUCGGCACGGUACAGCUAAAAUGGGUACCUAUACACCAAUUUCUUACGUGCUCGGCCAUUCUAUUGGUGGUCUGGGGUCGGUUGUUGGAACUGUGGUGGAUAAAGUUAUCCACAGGAUAGUGACUUUUUCAACUGUCGUAAAAAAGCUUUGAAAAACGAUAAAGCUACUUAUAAUAAAUGCCGAGUGGUGGGGAUUUUCCUGGAUAACUUUAUCCAACUUUCGAAUAACCGUUCCCUGAGAGUCUCGGACAGGAUAAAAUUGGGUCUUACGGGUAUCAAUAUUAAUAAUCGUACUGGGCAAAUAAAUUGAGUCUAGUGUAAACGGGGUUAUAGUUGCAUGAUUGUUGUUAAAAUAUCAAUUAGACAGUUACUAUAAUAUAUGGUUUCUAAAACGG